AUUUUCAUUCACGUCGUAACUCCACAUCAAUUGCUUUUUAAAAAAACUUGAGAUAAACGCACAGAAAUUCUUCACAAUGAAAAAUGCUUCAAGUUUUAAAAUUGAAAAUGGAAUAAUUAAAGGAGAAGAAUGUCCAUUUGUGGAUCCAAAUUAUAACAACUGUGGAGAAAUGUUGUUGGAAAAAAUGAAAAAUAAUGUAAAUACUGUUGGACAGGUUGAUGCAGAAACUGGAAAAGAGGAUACAUUUGGAGACAUGAUGGACAGAAGUAUAAGAUGUGCUUUGUGGAUGAAAAAUAAAAAUUUAAAACCAGGUGAUGUUGUUGCAAUUUGUACAAAUAAUCAUUUAGAUUCAAUCAUUCUUUGUUUAGCAUCUUUAUACAUUGGAGUUGUAUUUAAUCCAUGGAUUGACUUUGGAUUGACCAAAGAUGUUAUGAGACAUUUUAUAAACUUGACAAAGCCAAAAGUUUUGUUUACCAAUGAAGAAACAAUUCAAACAGUACUUGAAGUUGCAAGAGAAGAAAAUAUUAAUAUCGAGAUAAUUGUCUUUGGUAGUGUUCCUGGUUUCCUGUCCUUCAAUGACAUAAUUAAUAAACAGGAAAAAUUAAAAGUUGAAAACUUUGAGUGCACUAAAUUUCAAAGUGUUGAUCAACCAGCUGUUAUCUUAUAUACAAGUGGUACAAGUGGAUUACAAAAAGGUGUACUUCUUUCGCACAAAUCUAUACAUGGUAAUAUCAAAUUAAUGGCCAACAUUAGUGAUGCUAGUUGUACUGCAUUGGUUUAUUCUUCGUUGUGCUGGAAUACUGGAAUAAUUUGUCCAUUUUCGUUUAUUGCACAAAAUAGUAAACGUAUUGUUGCAAAUGAUUUCAGUGGUAAACAGCUGUGUGGAUUCGUUGAAAAAUAUAAAAUUAAUUGGAUAUUACUGGGGACAAGUUUAGCGAAUCGUCUUGUAACAUCAGGAGAAAUGUCAAAAUACGAUAUGUCAUCGAUUAAAUAUUUAUGGAUCACAGGUUCCAUGUUUAAAGAAGAAACACAAAGAAAAAUUCAAAAAUUAAUUCCAUCAGCUCACAUUUUUCAACGAUAUGGUAUGACAGAGUUUGGAGGUUUAGUAGUUCAUCAAACGAACGAUGAAAAAUUAAAUUCAAUUGGAACAAUAGCUAGAAACAUGCAAAUGAAAAUUAUUGAUAUAGUAAGUGGAAAAAUAUUGGGACCCAAUGAAACAGGAGAGGCAUGUUUCAAGUCACCUCAUAUGAUGAUUGAAUAUUACAAUGACUUGGAAAAAACAAGAGAAGCAGUUGACUCAGAUGGCUGGAUGCAUACUGGUGAUUUAUGUUAUUACGAUGAAAAUGGAUUUAUUUUUAUAGUAGAUAGAUUAAAAGAACUUCUCAGGUGGGAUGGAUAUCACGUGCCGACAGUUGUUGUUGAACACUUGAUACAAACAUUUCCUGGAGUUGCUGAAGCUGCUGUUGUUGGUGUGCCAGAUUUUGAAGAUGACGAGAGACCAUUAGCUUUCGUUACAAAACUGCCAAAUGCAAUUAUAUCUGAAAAAAAUAUUGAGAAAUUAGUUGAGGAUAAUUUGCCAGAUUAUAUGAGGCUAAGAGCUGGUGUUAAAUUUUUAGAUCACAUGCCAUACAUUGCCUCAGGUAAAAUUAAUCGCUUCGAGUUGAAAAAAAUUGCAUCUGUUAAUGCUCGAUGUCAAUGAACAAUA